UGCAUGUACGUCCUCGUGAAACAACGCAAGUGCACUGCCAGAUAAAUUGGAGCCUGUGUGAGGAUGAAAAAGUGAAGAGAAGAAAAAACGUUGCGCGCAUUCAUAGCCAUGUUUGCAUACAUAUAUCAUAAGCAAACCGGAGUCGUUGAAAUUGAGCCCAUCGGAUAUCAAUAAAGGGGCGUCCCUACGAAACCAGGAAAACAGGAGCUAGCUACCGGCAUCCAAAUGUGAAAAUCGAACUUCUCGGCGAUAAGUCAGGGAUCAGAUUUUUGGAGCAAUUUUUCGUGGACAUCGCAUGUCCUGACGAAGGAGCCAUAUGACACGAGUGUAGAAUAUUGCAAUCAUCUGAUAGGUAAAGAGAACCAGGAAAAAAAGAACGAGGGUAUGGCUGCAGGAAAUCAAGUGACUCCAGAGUCUGAGGCUGGGAGUUUCGAGUGUUUUCAGAAUUACACUGCACCCGAGGUCUUUGUACAAGGUCUGGCGGGGAUUGUCGACCAACAAGAUGUUGAGUCCAUGAUACGUGCCCAGAAAGAAAUGUUGCAGAGAUUUGAAAAAACCAAUGAAAUGUUGACAAACUGCAAUCAGCUGUCUAUUAAUCGAUUAAAAACUUCUGGUGCAGAAAUCAAGAAGCACACAGCACUUUUGACCGAUAUGAAAAAAGAUUUGGAUUUCAUCUUUAAAAAAAUCAGAGUCCUUAAAACUAAAUUGAGUCAACAGCAUCCACAAGCUUACAAUGAAGCAGUCAGAAGUAGCCUAGCAGAAGAAGUUAUCGUUGAUGAGGUUGAGCAAAGACCUAAAUCUGCAGAAUCAGAAGUUCCCCCCCAGCCACAAAGUAGCAGUUCAGUUGUAGCUGAAGAUAAAACAGAUGUGAUGCCUGAAUUUGAUGAUGCAAACAAAGAGGCUCAAUUCGCUGACAUCAACGAGCGUCUGAUUAUGAAAAAAGAUAGUUCAUCAACUGAAACAGAAAUUGACCUAACGAAACCAGGUACAUCGUCAGGUUCUUCUGACACUAGCUAGUCCAUGUACAUCGAAUUUUUAUCGAGAAAACAGAUCUACCGUUAAAGUUAAGGUAUAUUUAAAAACUGGCGUGUAUACGUGCAUUAUAUGUUAUGUAAUUGAAAAUAAUGAUCGAUUUAAUAAAAUUAUUUAUAUUUUUACCAUA